CGCAUCCCCGGUGACGGUUCGAAAAAACGCCCACUCGGAUUGUCUGCGUUGAGCGGCAAAAGGUGAAUCCCCCCCCAUGGCUUCCUCCUCCUCUGGCUUCGACACCGCUUCGUCUCCCUCUGCCGGCUUCUCUUUUCCAACGCCUUCCUCCUCGGCGUCUUCCCCAUCUCCAUUCGGCUUCUCAAACCUCGGCGCUUCAUCGGUCUCAUCUGCUGCGACCACGGCCGAUCUUUUCUCCGCGUCGACCGCCGCCUCCGCACCCAACCCCUUCCCCUUCUCCUUCUCCCUUCCCACAGCGUCGGCCGCCUCGUCCUCGUCGUCCACCGCACCCUCCUCCUCCCCUCUUUUUGCUUCAGGCUUUGGCACCUCUGCCUCGUCGUUGACAUCCUUUUCGUCCUUCUCGACCGCCGCUCCUUCCUCCACCCCAAACCCUAGUUUCGGUUCCGGUUCCGAUUCCGGCGCGUCAUCUUCUCUGUUCGGCUUCGGGACAUCUUCCUCUGUUUCCUUCCCGUUGCUUACAACUUCGUCUUCCCCUUCUUCUUCUUUCACGACGGCCCCUUCGUUCUCCACGGUUUCGCCGGUUUUCACUCCUUCGGCAGCGACUUCUGCAGCUAGCACCGCCCCUUCUCUCGCUUCCUCUGCUUCAUCCUCAGGCCCUACUACUGCAGGGAUGGCUGAGACGGCAACGACAAUUCCAUCCGACUCAUCAUUGUUUCCCUCGCCUUCCUUUGCGUUGCCCCUCUCUUCAUCAUCGUCUUCUUCUUGUACUUUUUCAUCGCCUUCCUUUGGAACUAGCGGAUCCUUUCCGCAGAGCUCCUUCACUACUGCUUCAUCUGCCGGUACCUUUUCAUCCGCGCCUGUUGCAAUCACAACCUCCUCGUCAUCUACCUUAGCAAUUGGCUUUUCAUCUGGGACUCCAUCAGCGGCUGCUGCACCAUCCCUCGCAGCUACAAGCAUUACGACUUCUGUCCUAGCUGAAACGGCCCCAUCUACAGAUUCCUCUUUGUUUGCUUCACCAUCAUCUUUCUCUGCUGCAUCUCCCUUGUCGGUUUCAGUUUCUUCAUCAUUGUCAGCAGCUGCAGCAUCCGUCACUGCAUCUUCUGCUUUGGCAUCGAGAACGACUGCAGCUGUCACUGCAUCAUCUACAGAAGCCUCCCCGACAGCAUCAACAACGGCUGCUUCUUUGUUCGGUUCCUCUACUUCAGCAUUAGAUAGCGAUUCAAGUUCCAGUGCUGCCACAAGUCAAGCUUUACCUUCAGUUGUCCAAGCUAGUAGUGGCGGACUUACUACUACCAAUUCAGUCACAACUCAGGCACCUAAGCUACCAUCAGAGAUCACUGGAAAAACUGUUGAGGAGAUUCUUAAGGACUGGAACACUGAGCUGCAAGAGCGUACUGCAAAAUUCCAAAAUCAGGCUACAGAAAUUGCUGAAUGGGAUAGGAGGAUCCUACAAAACCGAAAUAUUCUCAUUUGGCUGGAGGUUGAUAAGGCACUGGAGAGCAUGGAACAAGAAGCAGAGUGCAUAUGCAAGGAUGAGUGUGCAUUACUUUUGGAAGAUGAGGCUACAUCUGUGAGAGAUUCAAUGUAUGACCAAGCAGAGUUUAUUGAAAGAGAAAUGCAAGGGAUUGCCGAACAAGUAAAAUCAAUAAUUCAAACUGUGAAUUCCUCUCAGAGUGGUGAUCUGGAUAUGGUCGAUGCUGCAUCUCCGCUUGAUAUUGUUGUUCAAAUACUUGACAAUCAGCUUAGAACUCUAAUGUGGAUCGAUGAGAAGGCAAAUGAAUUCUCAUAUCAGAUUCACAAGGUGGCUAAAAGUGGGGCCGCAGAUGAACAUGGUAUGACAGGUACGAGACUAUGGUUGGAUUAGCUUCAGCUUCCAACAAGGAGCCUCUCUGCUUACAUCGAUCCUUUUACCAUAGCCAAAUUGGUAAAAGCUUACUGCACCAGGCAGGCUAUCACCCUUUUGGUUGAGCCAAGCAGAGAUGUAUCAACCACCACUUUAUCCUUCCUGACUAGAUUUUGGUUUUGGGUGAAUUCCAGUUUUGGUACAGAUUACUGUCAACUACUUAUGGGCUUCUAGUUGUUGACAUUAAACAAUUAUAACAUCAAGCACUUGUUUAUGGACUUCCUAGACGUUUAAAUAUUUUUAAUCUUCUCUUCUUUCGUUUUACUUC